AUCGAUCGCCCAACUGAUCACAACUGCCCGCAAUUGUAAAACUAUGCGUGUAUUGUUGUAUCUCCGCUCACCGCCUACGAUUAUGCAUAUGCAUUAUUCCACUCUCUUUUCUCUCUCUAUGCGGCAAACGCUGACCGAUUGUCACCCAAUACUUGGCAUAAUGUUUUCAAUUUUCAACCAAUCAUAAACUUUUACCAUCAAUCAGUCAUACACAACAACAACACCAGAUCAGCUUCACCUACUUCACCAACAUUCAACAAAAGACAGUCAUCUUUACCCCUUCAAUCAGCAAUCAUAGAAGAAAACACUAAAAACGGUCCGCAACAAAAUCAUAAUGCUACAAAGGUUACUUUGACAAAUUCGGAAGAAGCAGGCGAGAUGUCUACCACUCAGUUCAUUUCACCUUUUGCAUCUUUUUUGCCUUCAAAACAACAAAGCAAAUUUACCAAUGCAUUGGGAAUAGACGAAGAACAGGCAUGUUUGGAACGUGCAAAGGAGGAAAGCGGUGCAAAUAACAACGAAAGCAUAUCAGUUCUUGAAAACAGGCAAUCUCCAAGCAAUAUGUAUUCUACUCAAACAUCACAAGCUCAGCAUCAAGAUUCAACAAAUAAUGGCCAAGCAAGAAGAACGAGAUCGUCACGUUUAUCACACCUACCCCGUCUCAAUUCAGCAAGGGGGAAACAAGCAUUCAGCGGAGGCGACGGAGGCCGAAAUGGUCAAACAGGCGGAGGUAUAGGAGGCGGUUCGGGAGAUGGAAGUGACGAUGGAGACGAUCGCAGAGAUAGCAAUUUUAGCCAAAUAAGCGAAGAUCCUCCUAGUGAUGAUGAAACGAUUGCAGGUCAGGAAGAUGGAGAGACAGAAACAGAUUCCGAUUCAGAUGCUAGCUUAGCUUCCGAUGAUGAUUUGAGUGGAAUGCCAGGAUCAUUACCGCCCCCUAACUCCCAUGAACACCGUAUGUCACGAGGAAUGAGUGCGAGCUCUCGGGGAAGGAGACCUAGUGGAAUUGCCAUGCCACCUGCACCAACAUUUGCACAUCUGGAGCCGUUCGCAAGUGCUGGCGAACAGAAUCACCUUGAGGGAAUUGGCAAAUCGCAUGCUAAUAUCGGACCUACUGAUACAGAACUAACUGAAGAACUUAUUGAUGGAGUCACUACGCCGAAGAUUGGUAAAAGAGUUGGGUAUGAAAAUGAUUCGCUUAAUUCCACAAUUAAGGAAAGGACUCCUUCUGCCUCUAUGGGACCGAUUCAAAAUCGUGAAAAUUGGACGCAAUUUGGUGAUGAGACUCCUGGCUGGCUGCCAACCCCAAGAGCAUCUGCCCCUGCUGGCAGCUCGAUGCAGUCUCCUAAACCAGGGCUGAGUAUUCAGACACAAUUGAAAAAUGGACCAGGAGCAAGUCCAACGGACACGUCAUAUUUCAACAUUCAGCCAGCUCCUGCGAAUAAUGUUAUUCGCAAUCGAAAUGAUUCGAGCAAUCCAAAUAUCCCUCCACCUUCUCCUUCGAUCAUUACGCGAUCAAGAGCACAAUCAUCUGCAAGUCUCCGUUCCUUGGGAAGAAUUACUCCCGGUAUCAGUUCAAGAGAAUUGCCGCCAAUGCCGCCAAUCAUUCCUUUGAAUUUGCGCUCAGCAGAUCGAGCCCGUUCGCCAAAUCGAAAAAUAAUUAGUCCUACUCCUGUACUGGCAACACCGUCUUUGUUGACUUCUACGGAUGAAAGUAGCGCAGAUUCGACAAGCGAGGCUGCGAAAUCAGCUUUGGCAUCGCAAGACAAGCAAACAGGCAGUCGUGCUACCACACCUCGCCCUUAUAAUGCAACUCCGGUCAUCAAAUCAGCCAAAGAACCAGCUUUACCAGCAUCUUCACCUUCUUCACCGCGCAACUCAGAGCUCGCGCUACAUUCCUCGUUGGGAAGAAGAGCUGGUACUGCGCUCUUAGGUAUGAAUGAAUCUGGAAAUGGACGACCUGGUUUGUACAAGCAAGAAUCAAGAUCGCUGAUCGAUCUCAAUUCGCCUUCGCGUAAUCAGAUUGAGCCAACUUUGAAACCUUUGCACAAGCCAGUGAGCGUACGAGACAUUCGUUCCAGCCAAGUGGAUCAAUUGAAGCAGGCUGAACAACAAGCAAGAACUGCAUCUCCUGCUCCUUCUGUCGAAUCAACCACUGCACCAACUUCUGCAACUGCCUCUUCUACAAAUUUGCGUAGGAGAAGAUCUAUGUAUGAAGUUGGGGCUGCUCCUCCACCGUAUACAAUCAUUCCUGGAGGAGGCAAUGGAAUUGAAGCAAAAAUCAUUCCAAGAGAAGAAGAAGGCAAGGAAUCUUUGCCAAGCUAUCAUUGUUCGGUACACAUUGAAGGAUACUUGCCAAGAAAGAUGGAAUUCAGCUCACCCGGAGUUCAAGCAAAAGACCGAAGCUGGAAAAGACAAUAUUUCGUUUUACACGGUACUUGUUUGCGUAUCUAUCGUACAGAUUUGAGUGGCGAACGUGCUGCUUUGAAAGGCGAACAUGGAGUUAUGUCAGGCGUACAUGUUCACCAUGAUCCGAUGAACGAAGAUGGUCCUAGUCAACCUGUUGGAAGUACGACGAGUAAGGUUAUUGCCACGGAUGGCAAUACGAACGUCAACUCAAAAGAGCAACAACAACACAACUCUACAGCUGCAUCCACAGCCAAUGGUCAUACUGCCAAUCGCUCACCUACUGCCAGUACAAUCAACAGCAAAUUGAGCGAUGGUCACUCUGGUAAUGGCGCCCUUUCACGAAAGGUGGAGGCUUUAUCAGGUACCAUCUCUCACUCUUUGCAUAGAGGAUCUUUGGUAAAACAGUACACCCUACAAGGAGCCGAAUCUGGAUUGGCAGCGGAUUAUUUGAAACGCAGACAUGUGGUCCGUGUACGUGCGGAAGGUGAGCAAUUCUUAUUGCAAACGCGAAACGAUCGUCAUGUGGUUGAUUGGAUCGAAGCAUUCCAAGCUGCAACAAAUAUCGCAAUGGAUUUGGAAAGGAGACCUAUGCCCAAAUUUAUCACUUUACCACGUAGACGUAGACGUAGAAACGGUCAAAGAACUCGUGAUGCAUCUGGAAAUGAUGCAACCAACCGUACUGCAAAUGGCACUGAAGAACCAGAUGCUGUUACUAUUCCUGAUGGAGACCUUUCGGCCAGAGAAAUGGCUGAUAUCGCAGAAGCAAGAAGACGUUCUUUGAUGGAUUCAAGCGUUUCUACUUCUCAACGUUCUUCCGUUAGCGGUCAAUCGCGUGCCCCUCCUCCUCCUCGUCCAUUAGGCUUACCCGGUGAUGAACAACCAAAUCCUUCUGCUGCAUUUGAAAGAAUGUUACGUGAAGAGGAAGAAGCUAUGUCAAGGCAAGAUGCAGGCGUUGUAUGAGCAAUUGAUGCUUUUUUUCCUUCAAUAAUACAAAACUUUUUCAUCAUGAACAAAAAUUUCAUACACUGUGUUUAUUUUCAAUUCAUCCUUUCUCUUUUCUCUCACUCUUCAAUCAUGAAU